AUGGACAUUGCACUGCUUCAUUUGGCUCUAAAGUUAUCGGCGAGUAAUUUGAUCUCUCUGAUCUGGAUCUUUGGCUUGAAAGUUGGGGAGAUAUUUUCCCUCUUCGCGAGGCUUAUCCCUACCCUUCUCGUGGUAGCUCCCUGCUGCCCCGGUGGUGGCAAGUAUGCUUUCCAUUUUGUCUUUGCUUUCCUGUCCUUCCCAGAUCCCCUUUUCCAACCAUUCCUAAUCUUUAAUUUUCAGCAUACCCAUCUCUCUUUGUCUCAAAUCUCUGAUUCAUCAUGGUUAAGAUGCACAUCCUCCUCACCCAUCGGACUCCACUUCACCGAUUGCUCCUUGGUCUAUCGGAGCUCUGUCGUCGGCGUUGUUUGGAUUGUCUGUUUUAACGGGUUUUUCCCGUCCCUGCGCGUAAACCCUUUGAAUACGGUAGUGCAACAAGGGUCUGCACGGUCUUUGGCCGUCUAUCCCUUUGAUCCCUCUGCGGAUCAGUCUCCUUCUCCUUAUCUCUUUUUCUUUUUGUCUUCUGCAUUGGUUACUGUCUUUGUUUCUGAGGAUGUUUUGUAUGGUUUAGAGAUUUGGGUUAUGGAGAUAUUUCGAUGGGUUCUAUGCUGCUGUACUUGCACGGGAUUGUUUUGGUUGGACUCCAAGUCUUCGUCGGCAGAUCUGGUGACGUUUCUGUGUCACCUUUGGGCUUGGCUGGUGGCGGCGACGUCACUAUGUCAUCUCUCUCUUGUUAGAUCUGCACUGCGGCUGAAGAUUGUUUCUAUUAUUUCACCACCGCCAAGCUUUGUCAUGCAAUUUUGUUUGAAACGUGGUCGUAAAGGACGAGACUUUGAGAGACAAACUUUUGUUCUUGUCUCAGUUUCUAUUUGCUGACUAUAGCUUCGACAUUGGCUUCAAGGAAUAUUUGUAUGAUAACCAUCCAUAACUUUGGCUGUUCGUGAACAGCGUUAAAGCGAUAACAGCGUCAUCCUUUGGGGGAAUUUAACAUUGAAGCUGGGCUGUUCAUGAACAACCAGAUUUUUCAAUGCAUUAAGUUUGCAACACCAUUUGGGAGGAAUUUUGAGCAUUGAAACGAGGCCGUUGGUGAACAACCAUUUUGUUUCAUUGCGUUAAGAAUUUGAGAGCAGCAACAAUGUCAUUUCGACGACUCUAAUAACAAUGGUCGUUCAUGAACGGCCUAUUAGAGCUUUGGAGGUCACAAGACAUAGAGGAUUAAUUGGAGAGGCUUCACAGGGAAGGCAGAUGUAUACCUGCAGCUUUCUUUCUCUGGUAGCUCUUCUUCUCUGUUUCGUUUUGCUGCGCCUCCUCCUCUGUUUUGUAUUUCUCUUAUUCUCUCUGUAUUUUUUUUUUUUUCUGCCCUCUGUAGUGUUUUUUCCUCCUUUUCCCUUUGAUGUAGAAGGCUCGGUUUAUAAGCCAUCAAGAGGCUCAGGAUUAGAUCAUAUUUAAAUUUGAACUAAACCAAUCCAGAAUAGCCUUCAUUCAAAUUCAAAAUUAAUUCAACAAUCCUCCACCACGUCAUUCAUGUGCAGCAUGAGCCAAACAACUUUGAAAGUUUAAAAGCUGCAUUAUCUAUUUCAACUUUGACCGCAAUUGAUCUUAUCAGGUUCCUCUUCUUUUGAUUUGGAUGUACCUGGCCUCUUCCUCGUCUUCCAACUGUGCUUCGAGUCCUCAUUUCAUGCAACUUGGAUGCAAACUGCUGCAUAUCUAUUUUGUUCCCCGAGAUGACAGGACGUCUCUUUUUUUUGUUUUGUUGAUAAUCACAACCAGCCAUUUUUUUUGCGUGAGCUUUAGGCUUGUUAGAAACCACACGCACUUUUAUCCAGUGACCGGGUCUCUUUGGAAUAGGGCUUUGUGAUUUUUUUUUUUUUUGUUUCAAGAAUUGCCCCCUCAAGCGUCGUGCGUGGAAUAGCUUUGCGCGUGCGAGGCUUGACAACUUUUUCUUUUUCAGUGAAGGCGAGUUGGUGCUUGAACAAGGUUGCAUUAAAAUUUCAUUGCAACUCAUGCGUCUUUUCCUUUUCGCCAAUUGUAGUUUAUACUCGUACACAGAGUUCUUCAGAGGUGCAAGGCUUGGUGCCAUUUGAUCGCAAGAAUGCCGUCGUCGUCAGAGGCCAUGAAACGAAUUUUCAAGAACAACACUUCUUGGUUUUUACCUGCCAUAUCGGUUUUCAUACUCAUCUGAUCAUAGAACUUCAACCGGGUUAGGUUUUUCUCACUCUUGGUGGUAUAUUGAGAUAGUAAACAAGCAUGCUUGUGUUUACUCUGUUAGAUUGGCACUCAUGAGUUCCAUUUGUAUAUUGAUUUUGAGAUGAAUCUGUGAUAAUUG